AUGGCCCGAGUGGUUACGCUCGCCGAACGUGGUCGAGUUUUACGGCGCCCGGACGUCAGGUGGCAUGUUACCGUCACCUUCCAAGAUGCACCAAAAGUGCCAGAGGGGACCCCGUCAUCGCAGCAGAGAAGGGACCUCGAGGAUCUCUGUCUCUGCAUUGACUUCGACCGCGUACCGCUAUCGCGCGACACCGUCACCGAACUCAUUCUUUCCACUAAGGGCAACGCUGCGCUGCCGAUGAAGGCGGAGCCUGAUACGAACAGCUUAUAUGCGAGCAUCGCUGGAAAUCUACGUUUCUAUACUCGGGAGGAUCCGCUCCGGCAAGAAAUAGCGCCGGGGAUAUGCGUGGUCCGCAUUAGCGGAGACGAGAGGCUAUACGUCUAUAAGGAGGUAGAUAGACCUCAAUACCAACCUGAAGAUUCCGAAAUCCUACAACGGGAGCUGCGUAACCUGGAGCAGCUACCCCAUUCGGAAGAAAUCGUGCGUCUAGUUGCCACCGUCUCAUCUAUCAACCCGUACAGAACUGCCGUAGCGGACGCGGACAGUUCUGGUGCUUCCUUCCUCCGAGGUUUCCUCCUUGAGUACCACCCAAAUGGCACUCUGCGGGACGCUCUACGAUCAACGGACUCGGAGGCCGUCUGGCCCUGGCGCCGGUGGGCGCUUCAAAUUGCAUACGGGCUCAACCACCUCCACUGCCACAACGUAACCCACUUGGAUUUAAAGUCGUCAAAUAUCGUCAUCAGCGAAAACUCAAAUGCUAUUUUAAUCGACAUCGGAGGAGGCGGUUAUACCCGUGAGUGGCUUGCGCCAAAUAUGAUCGGCGUAUCCAAUCCGAUGUGGGAACCCUUUGAAGCUUGGGUAAAGAAUGACAUAUGGGCAUUUGGGAUGAUACUAUCAGAAAUGGCAAGCGCCUCAUACGAUAUUACAGAACAGAAACUGUUAAAUGACGUUGCCUCGCGUACCGCCUCACGCACCUCCCAUCCCAUUCCUCUUAACCAAGCUAUCUCUUUACUCGAGUAG